AUGGCGAAGAAGAAGAAGAGCAAGAGCUCUCAGAGCGACACCUACGAAGCUGUCGGGAGACGAGACUCAGAGCAGGGAGGAGAUGAAGGGGUGGAUAGUCGAGCUGCAUCGCCUCCAGGCACCAGUGUAGACACUGCGGAGAGCGCGAGAUGUCAGGAGACUAUGGAGCUUCAGACUGUGAGAGUGGCUGACGUCCAUCAGCUCAAGCAAGCGAUCACCGAAUUCUCGGAUUGUUGUAAGCUCGUGUCAGAUUACGAAGUAGCAAGGCAGGAAGAGAUCCGCACGCUAAGACAAGAGCUGGGUCAGCUUCAGAGCACUGUCAGGACCUUGAGAUCGGCAAACUACAUCGAGCCCCUCAAGGCUAUGAAGUCGCUGAUAGAGGAGGCCGAGAAAGAUUCCUGCCUGUUGCUGUUCGGCCUCCGAGCUGGGGUUGAACAUGGAGAAGCAUUGAGCCAUCGAUUGUUAGAGGCAGAGCAAGAGCUUCAUCGCCUGAGGAGAACGAACAAGAAGGAGGCCUUCGACCACCAACGGCACCUCACUUACAUCCAGUCGUCCAUCGUCCAUGAGUGCGACAGAGUCCAUGACGUCAAAGAGGAAGUGCUGGCAGCGGUAUCAUACCUCAGAGCUUUGCCGGACAACAGCAGCCUCCUGCAGGACCUGCAGGAGAGGCUCAACGCAAGCCUGCAAGAGAACGACAUGCUGCGAGUGAGGGUGACCGGGUUGACACACCGGGUUGCAUCAUACGAGUCGAUGUUGGAAGACCUGGAAGAGGAGAUUGUCAAAGCUGCAGAGGCAGUCCAGGUGGUGAACGACCUCAUGGAGGAGAAGCGAGGGAGUGACAAGGAACGAGCCAAUGAUGUCAUGAGAGAGAAGUCAAACAUGCAGGGCUACAUCUUGCAGUCGGCGGAUGUCGUUCGACAACUGGAGGCUGAGGUGACCAGCAUGAGGGUGGAGUGGGAGCGUCAGGUGCAAGAGAGGAAGGCAGAGGCGGACAGGCUGCUAGCCCAGCUCGAGACUUCCAACAAGGAGAGGAAGUUUUUGCGAGCCGUGAAUCACGAGCUGCUACGAAGGUCGACUGACUUCGAUGUGAUCGAGGAGUUCUUCCAGGAGUUUGACCAGCUGCCAGCGGGCUGGAACGGAGGUGGGGCGGACGAAGCGGAGGUCCGCUGCUUGCAGGACUGGCAGUCGAGCUGGAGCGAAGAGGAGGACAGUCAGUCUCCGCAGCAGACCUCCUCGUCGUCCCUCCUCAUCGACGGGUUCGGUCGGUUUGUGCGGAGGCUUCAAGGUCGCCUGCUGUACUCCAACGAGCUCCGAGCGAAGGUCGACGAGCAGGAGCAGAGGCUGCAGCUUCUAAGGGAAAUUCUCCCUCAGCUGCAGCGAGAGGUCUACGAGAUGGGGACAGAGGUUAGCCUCCUGGCGGAAGAAAUGGAGGAGAACAAGCAGCUUGUUACCUCCUCGGUCUCUCUUGCCCUCCGCCUCCUCGGCUUCCACCCUGAGACGCCAUGGCAGGUCAGCUCAAUCAGCGACUCUCUCAACAUCUCCGAUGAAUGUCUCCACGAGAUCGACGCGAGGAUUGUCAACAUUCAUCAGAAGGUUCUGGUCUGCCGUCAUUGUCUUCACGCUGACAACCUUCCUACUCCUGCUCCUGCUCCUACUCCUGCUCCUGCUCCUGCUCCUGCUCCUGCUCCUGCUCCUGCUCCUGCCCGUCAAGGUUGA